GCACUAUGGCGGCCGAGGAGUCCUUGCCUCCUUGUUCACCCAUGUCACCAGACACACCUGCUACUCAACCCCGUAUUACUACAAAUCUAAGUCACCAUUCAGACCUUCAUCAACUAAUUUUUGAAGCUGUGCGGUCAGGAGAAGUAUCAGAAAUUGAAAGAUUAGUAGAAAAACUUGGAGUGGAAAUAUUAAGUGCCCGCGAUCAACAUGGCUACACUCCAGCACAUUGGGCAGCGUUGGAUGGAAGCGUAGCUGUUAUGAGAUAUUUAGUAGAGAGAGGUGCUCCAGUCGAUUUGUCUUGCUUAGGCACACAGGGACCACGUCCGAUUCAUUGGGCUUGCCGAAAAGGGCAUGCAUCAGUAGUUCAAGUUUUACUUCAAUCGGGAGUAGCCGUAAAUGCAGCAGAUUUUAAGGGUUUGACGCCACUGAUGACAGCUUGUAUGUAUGGUAAAACAGCUACUGCCGCAUAUCUGCUCGGGAUGGGUGCCGCCACCCGCUUGUCCGAUAUAAACGGCGACACAGCCUUACAUUGGGCUGCGUAUAAGGGGCAUGCAGAUUUAGUUCGAUUGCUUAUUUACUCUGGCGUUCCAUUACACUGUACCGAUAACUUUGGAUCGACUCCUUUGCACCUCGCAUGUUUGUCUGGCAACUUGACGUGCGUUAGACUUCUUUGUGAAAAGGUUAAGGCAGAGUUAGAACCUCGGGAUAAGAAUGGAAAGACUCCUUUAAUGCUAGCUCAGAGCCACCGACACGCUGAAGUUGUGAAGUUGCUGCAAAAGGAAAUGAAACGUAAAUCUCAUUGGAUGCCGCCCCUGUCUGAACUCUGGGCGCUACUUUUUGGAGGAGCUGGAGACUCCAAAGGACCUCUACUAUUUUUCUUGUUCUCGGUUCUAUUAUGGGGUUAUCCUAUGUAUAUCAUCAGGUGCAUUCCGUUAACGUGGAAUACAUUGCGUCUCUCUCACUAUUGUUUCUUAUACUGGAACGCUAUAAUGUGGCUGAGCUGGGUAAUUGCCAAUCGCAGAGACCCUGGCUACAUUCCUCAGAACUCUGAAACGUACUACAGAGCUAUAAGACAAAUACCCUAUUAUGAUAAAUGGAAAAAGAGGAAUGCUAUCCUAUCACGUCUGUGCCACACGUGCCGAUGUUUAAGACCACUGAGAGCUAAACACUGCCGCAUAUGCAAGCGUUGUGUAGCCUACUUCGACCAUCAUUGCCCAUUUAUCUACAACUGUAUCGGCGUACGAAACCGCAUGUGGUUCUUCCUUUUCGUAAUGAGCGUCGCUAUUAACUGUACUCUUUCGAUAUAUUUCGCUUGUUACUGCCUCCUUCUAGAAGGGUUUGGAGUUCUUUAUUUACUUGGAUUACUGGAAGCAAUUACUUUUUGCGCGCUCGGGUGGAUAUUGACGUGUACUUCGGUCUUACAUGCAUGUAUGAAUUUAACUACAAACGAAAUGUUUAAUUACAAACGAUACCCGUAUUUGCGGGAUAAGAGGGGACGAUACCAGAAUCCAUUUUCAAGAGGUCCUAUCAUGAAUUUGAUUGAAUUUUUCGUAUGUCUUCCAGACAAGUGUGAUGAGCAGGACCUAUUUUAUGAAGAAAACAUAUGAUACGAGCCGAUAUGACAGAGCGACAUAAACACGACAAAUAAGUCGCAUGACGUUGUCGUGUGGUCGACUCCUUUGCGCUCCAAAAGUGAUAAAAUUAAAUUGGAACUACGUUAUAACUCUCAAAAUAAUAUAUCUUAAUGAAAAUAAUACCAAAUAAAAUAUAAUUAUUUACUCGCACUUUGCUUCGCAGAGUACUCACUAAUUAAAUAAAUGUCGAUCGUAAAGUUGAUUUCAAAAUUUAACACGAUUUAUAAAACCUUAACGUAUUUAUACAAAGUCAUUAUUUAUUUAUUUUUAAGAAAAAGAUCUGUGUACAAAAAUUUCUAUCUCAAAUCUAAAGUACUCAAAUGUUUAAUAGAAAAAGGGGUAUAAACUAAUUAAGAGUAACUUAUUCCAGAUGCAUAGUGCAUAAUAUUUUGCGAUCUAGAUGCAUGCUAUGGCUAGCACCCUUUUAUUUGUAAAAGAUGCAUAUAUAUUUUAAUUAUUUUUUUAUUAAUCGUCUUUGUUAUUAAAAUUA